CCAAAAAUUAUUUUUAUUUGUUUAAUAUUUAGUUUACAACAAAUUAAAAAUAGUUUUGAAUUUGAUUAUAAUGGUAUAAAAGAUAUGAUAAAAUUCGGUCAUGAAAUAGUAAUAGAUAUUUUUGAAUCAUGGGAAAUAAUACGUCCAAAAGGUCCUGAAUAUGAUGCGACUUUACCAUUUAUUCAGAGAAUGGAAAAAGAAUUAAAGAAUCGUAUGUCAAGAAUAUCACAAAAAAUUGAUAGUUUUGAACAACAAAUAGAUAUACGAUUGGACACAAUUCUAGCUAAAGUUUUAAGUGAAAUACCGUUACAAGAAAUAUUAAAUGAAAAAUUACGUAUCCUUGAUGAAAAUGUUGGACGAAUUAAUGAUUUAUAUUAUGAUUUCCAUUUAUAUUCUAAAGCAUCUCACAAAUAUGAGAGAUAUACAUUAGAAGAUUUUGCAAAAACAUGUGUUUCCUCAAGAGCAGGUGCUCUUCCUGAUCUUUUAAAAAAUAUUCAUCGAUUGCUUGUUCCUUCUCCUGACGAAAUUCUCGGCAGAAGCAUUCUUAUAUUAUUGACAAAUCAAAUGCAAGAAGCAUCUUCACAAAUUUGCAAUGAAAAUCAAUCGCUUCAACAAUUAUUAUAUAAUUUAUAUACCACGAUAACAUUGGCGGAAAUUAAGGGUUACAGUAUGAUUCAGUUCUCUUAUAAGAUAUUACGGCUUUAUAAUCCAGGAACAAAUUUCACUGAUGAAAUGGAAAUAGUAAAGCAACAAUAUGAGACAAGAACGACAGAAACUUUGCGGGCUGUAAAAACGGCUAUGGCAUUUGCUCCGCGACAAAUUUGGAAAUGUGAUGCGAGAAUACAUAAAUUAGAUGAAACAUAUACCAAAUUAACACAAUUAUUCCAAGGAUAUAUUGUGAAUGAAGUGGAUUUGAAUAAAGACUCGUCCUGUAGAGAAAAUUGCGCUUAUUAUGAAUAUUCAAAAGUUUAUGGAUGUUAUAAAAAUCAGUUUUGCUCUCAACAACGUAAAUGUAAUGGUAGAAUAUUGAAAUGCGAAUAUAUUGAUUCUGAUAUGUGGAUUUGCCCUUCGUCUGAACAUAAUGAUCGAAGAUAUGAAUACAUAGAAUACGAAAAUGGUCAAAUAUUCGGAGAAAAAAAUACUUGCAAUAAAGGUACAACCAAAGUCGAUAGCUGGUGGCGUUGGCUAUUUUGGCAUUGUAGCUACUGUUUUUGCUAUUGUGAUGACAAUAAUAUAAACUCUGAUCGAUACUUCAGUCUAAAAAAAGUCGUAUCUGAUGUAGCGAACAAUAAAGUAGUAACAGGUGUUCGAUUUAAAAAAGUCAAUCAAAUAAUACAUAUACAAAUACAGCAAGGUGAACUGAUGCCACGUGGGAAUAUUGAUAAAGCCAGUGUACAUUGGAAAUCAAUUGAAGAAUUCAAUGUAUUAGAUAAUAAUGUCAAAAACGGUGUUGAUUAUCACACUUUAUCGUGGGAAAAACGAGGGUUGGAUCUAGACGAUUUAGUCCUUGACAAAAAUUAUCUUUUGACAGGUUUUAAGUUUCGAAUGAUUGGUUCGAGACUGAAUUUAGAAGUAAGAAUGACACCUUUUAAUUUUACGACUGGAAAAUUAAUAGAACCAUUAAACAAUAGUUUUUGGAUCAGUCAUGAUCGAACUGAUAGAACUGAAUUAAAGUUUGAGAAUCCUAAUAUACCAACUCGAUUACCUCUUCUCGCAUUACCAGACUCAAAAACGGAACAAUAUCUGAAUUUUGCACCAAGUGAUCGUAAAACUGAUGCUGCACAAAAUACAAUACCAUUUCUUGAUGUUCAAUCGGUAGAAUCAAAUCCACCAAUUCCAAUCGCAGGUGCUGGUAUUUUUCACAAAGGCAGAUUAGGAUCGGGUGGAUAUGUAGCAUUAAGAUUGAUUACAUAUGAUUUUAGUAAACAUUUACAAGUUGAUUUACCUGUUCAUGUAGAAACAGUUGUUGAUGCUCCAAAUGAAAUAAGACCAGUAUGAAUAUAUUUACAUAUACUAUUAAGAUAUAGUUCAUAUUUUUCAACAUAUAGUUUAAUAUUUUUUUCUUUUUUAUUUCUACUUUCAUAUUGUCUUUCAAUAUUUACUUUUAAUAAAUAUUUACUUUAAUAAUUAA